AUGAGUGAGGAAGAAAAUAACAUUAGAUUUGUGCAAAUAAUUGAGAAGUAUUCCUGCUUAUACAAUUAUAAUUUAUCCGAAUAUUCCAGAAGAGAUGUAACGGAAAAAGCUUGGUGUGACAUUGCAGAAGAAACAAACAGCACAGUGUCAUUGGCAAAAGACAAAUGGAAGAAUUUAACGUCUAUCUUUGUACGCAAGCGAAAACUACCCCCUAGUGGACCAGGAAAGAAAGGAAAGCCAUAUUAUUUAAACAAAUAUAUGGAAUUUAUUGUUCCUUUAAUUAAAACUCAAAAUACAGGGCAAGGUAAUGUAUUGCCGCCCCCAUUGUCACCUGCCAGCGAUACUAUCGUGGAACAGGUUGUGGAAAACGACAAAAUGGCGGAACAGGAUCACAGUUUAGUCGAAAGGAACAAGAUACUGAUUCUCCCACCACCUCUAUUAUUCCUAAACCUAUACAAAGAAAACGAAAAUACGAAAAUUUAA